AUGGUAGGAAAAGCUAGAUCUUCCAAUUUUACCUUAUCUGAAAAGCUUGAUUUGUUAAAGCUUGUGAAGCCAUAUGUUAAAAUUCUGGAAGAACACACUAACAAACAUUCAGUAAUAGUGGAAAAGAAUAGAUGUUGGGAUAUCAUAGCAGUUAACUAUAAUGCAAGUGGAGUAGACCGCCCUCCUCGAACAGCGCAGGGCCUACGCACUCUUUACAAAAGGCUCAAAGAAUAUGCCAAACAGGAGCUAUUGCAGCAAAAAGAGACCCAAUCAGAUUUUAAAAGCAAUAUUUCUGAGCCAACCAAGAAAGUUAUGGAGAUGAUUCCCCAGAUUUCCAGUUUUUGCCUGAUAAGAGACAGGAACCACAUACAAAGUGCAAACUUGGAUGAGGAAGCACAGGCUGGUACAAGUUCACUACAGGUAAUGUUGGACCACCAUCCAGUUGCUAUUACAGUGGAGGUGAAGCAAGAAGAAGACAUUAAGCCCCCUCCUCCACUGGUUUUAAAUUCUCAACAGAGUGAUACUUUAGAGCAAAGAGAAGAACAUGAAUUAGUACAUGUUAUGGAAAGAUCUUUGUCACCGUCACUUUCCUCUGUUGAUAUGAGAAUGACAUCGUCUCCAUCUUCUAUCCCAAGGAGAGAUGAUUUUUUUCGGCAUGAAAGUGGAGAAAAUUUUAGGUCACAGUUAGGGUAUGAUCCUCAGAUUCUGCAAAUGCUGAAAGAGGAGCAUCAGAUAAUUUUAGAAAAUCAAAAAAAUUUUGGAUUAUAUGUUCAGGAGAAGAGGGAUGGAUUGAAAAGAAGGCAGCAGCUAGAGGAAGAGCUGCUAAGAGCAAAAAUUGAAGUGGAGAAGCUGAAAGCAAUUCGCUUACGGCAUGAUCUAUCUGAAUAUAAUAGUCUCUAAGAUUUUUUUUGCAGUCUUGCAAUUUGAUAAUUUUAAUUUUGGCCAAAUUACUUUCAUUUGGGAAUAUCCUGAAGCAGAGUACAUAUUCUUUUUUUUUUUGUGGCCACGCCACACGGCAUGUUAUGAUCUUAGUUCCCUGACCAGGGAUCGAACCCACACCCCCUGCAGUGGAAGCACAGAGUCUUAACCACUGGACCACCGGGGAAAUCCCAGAGUACAUAUUCUUAAAAAAUAUUGUUAAUCUCUAUUAUGAAAAAGGCUUUUUUGACAGGAUUUUCUAAUUAUUUAAUUAUCCUUUGAUAUAUAUUAAAACGCUGAUUGGUAUGGUUAUAAAUUUUUUUGUCUUCCUCUAAUUUUUUUCCUAAGAUGUUUUAAUUGUUGGCCUUACAAAAGAUGUU